AUGAGCGCCCGCACAGACACCGAAGCCACCUCAACCCAGUCCACCAGCGGCAUCACCCCCGACCACCUCACCAGCACUCUGCAGUCCAAACUCGAAGCCUCACAUGUCGAGAUCAGCGACUUGUCCGGCGGCUGCGGCCAAAUGUACGAAGCCACGAUAGUCUCCCCGCAGUUCGCAAAGAAAACGACGCUCGCGCGACAUCGGCUGGUGAAUGCGACGUUGAAGGAGGAGAUUGCCGCGAUUCACGCGUGGACGCCGAAGUGUUUUACGCCCGAGGAGUGGGAGAAGAGGAAGGCGAGCAGCUGA